GUCUAAAUAAACAUGAUUUCAUUUAUUUAGUCCUGACAAUCUUGCGGGCAAAUUAAUAAAAAUCAGUGCGAAAUACACAAGAUUUUGUGAUAGAAAUAAAUGAUCAAGCAGAAAAUGUAGAGGCUCCAAAAAAUGAAAUCGAGACGGAAACAAGUAGAAGAAACGAUGAACGUGAGGAAAGAAGAAAAAAAAGGGGCGACAAAAUAACUUUGACAGUCUCAGAGGAGAAAAUUGGGAUCAAGUUCGUUCAACCAAAUAUAUGGAGAUAAAUCACUUUCGGAAGAAACGAUAUUUGUGACAGCCGCAGAAAACAGUGAAGAGGAAGUUGAAGAGGACGAUAUACAAAAUGCUAGACCAAAAAUAGAAGAUAAUCAUAAUUCCCCGGCUGAACAAGAGGUAAAAUUAGCAGCAAAUUCUAAAUUGGAGGAGAAUGCAAAAUCAAUUGAGCCAGACAGUCAAGAAGAUACUACUCAGUUUAAGGAAUUAACAGCGAAUGGAGAACUGACAUUGAAUGCAAAUUAUGCGUCUCAAGAUGCUGGCGAAAAUAUUGACGCCAAAGUGGGAGAGAUGACUGAACAAAUUGACAAUGAAAAAUCGGCGGUUGAAAAUAAAGAAGAAAAUAUCUGGCCCAUUGGGGUCGCGUUCAAACCAUCUCUGAGAGAAAAAAUGAAAAAUGGAAGAGAGAAGAAAAAAUCUAAAGCAGUCGAGAUUAUACCGAUCCCUAAAGACGAGGAAGAAAUGAAGAAGUUGAUUUUGGACGUUCGCCAUAAGGCGACAGUUUAUAGAUCAUAUUAUCGUCACUGGAUUGAAACUGGAAAUCAGGCUAGAAAUGAAAUGCUGGAUAGAGAUGUGAUGAGAACAGAGAUGGUUUACACUGAAGAGGAAAUACCUUACUUCUUUUACGUGAAAUGCAAUCCAAAUAUUGCAAUAGGAAUCGAACAUGAUGACGAAGAAAUUCUUUUACCAGAUACUACGCGUGAGAAGAUUUCCGCUAAUUAUAUUAAUUUGUAUUUUAAUCUCGCUGAUAAACCCGGUAAAGGCGGAAAACCCUGGAUUUAAAGAUUUAAU